AUGAAUAUAAAAAAAAGUAUUUGUAAAUAUUUAAAUUUUUAUUAUAUAUUUAUUAAAAGUGAUCAUAAUAAUAAGAAAUUUCAUUUUAUAAGGGAAAACACAAAAAUGACAACUAUAAAACCAAACUAUUUUAUAUGUAUACCAUUGAAUAAUGAAGUUAUAUGUAAUGAAUUAGUAAAAAUACAAAAUCAUAUAGUUAUGAAAUAUGAUAAGUUAAAAGAAUGUUCAAUAGAAAAAAACAAAUUUCAUAUCUCUCUUUUAAUUUUAUAUAUUAAAAAAUCACAAAUAGAAUUAUCAAAAGAAGCUUUUCAUGAAGCUAUGGAUGAAAUAAAAAAGAUAGAACAUGAAAAAAUUUUAUUCGAUAAAUUAGACACAUUUCGUAAUGAUGUUUUGUAUUUAAGUCUAAAGGAAAGCAGUAAUGAUUAUAUUAUCAAUAUGAUCAAUGUUUUGAAAAAAUCAUUUGAAAAAAGAGAUAUAAAAAUAAUAUAUAAUAAAACAAAGAAUAAAAAUAAUGAGAAGCAAAAAAAAAAUGAUAAUAAAAAUGAAAUUAAAAAUAAUUUAGAUAAAAGUGACAUAAAUAAAGAUAAUCCAAUUAAGAAUAACAUAAAUAAAAAUAGUAAUGAUACUGAAAAAAUUACUCCUCAUUUAACUAUAAUGAAAAAUUCUUAUAUGAAAAAGAUUUAUGUUAAUAGAAAACCCCAAAUUUUUGCCGAUUAUUAUUCAGAUUUCAAUUUAACAAAUUUAUUAAAAGAACAUUUUGUUGCUAAUAAAAUUCAAUUUCUUGAAAUGAAUAUAGAUUCGUUUACAUCUUAUUAUAAAAUAUUGUCUGAAUGUAAUCUUUUAUAA